AUUUUGUCGUCCUUUAAUUCCAUUACCACUCUGUCUCUCCGUCUAACAAUAUGGCGACGACCACGAAGCGUGCUGAUUUCGAGGCCGUGUUCCCCGACCUGGUCGUCGAGUUGCUUGCCCAUGCGCAGAAGUAUGGCCUCCCCGAAAACGCUAUGGAGUGGUUUCAGAAGGCGCUCAAUGUCAAUGUUCCUGGCGGCAAGCUCAACCGUGGUCUCUCCGUUCCCGAUACCGGCCUCGCCCUUCUCAAAAAGCCCCUGACGGACGAACAAUUCAAGCACCUCAGCAUUCUAGGAUGGUUGACGGAGCUCCUUCAGGCCUUCUUCUUGGUCAGCGACGAUAUCAUGGACAACUCGAUCACCCGCCGCGGACAACCGUGCUGGUAUCGCCACCAAGGGGUGGGCUUGAUCGCUAUUAACGACGCCUUCAUGCUUGAGUCAGGCAUUUACCUCACUCUCAAGAAGCACUUCCGUUCACAUCCUGCCUAUGUCGAUUUCGUCGAGCUCUUCCACGAGACCACUUGGCAGACAGAAUUGGGCCAGCUCUGCGACUUGAUCACCGCCCCGGAGGACAACGUCAACUUGGAUAACUUCUCGAUGGAGAAGUACAUUUUUAUUGUCACGUACAAAACCGCCUAUUACAGCUUCUAUCUCCCCGUGGCACUUGCGCUCCACUACCUCCAACUUGCCACGGAAGGCAAUCUUCGUCAGGCUCAUGACAUCUUGAUCCCCCUGGGCCAGUACUUCCAGAUCCAGGACGACUAUCUAGAUGCCUUUGGUGAUCCCGCUUUUAUUGGAAAGAUUGGCACCGACAUCCAGGACAACAAGUGCUCGUGGUUGAUCAACCAGGCUCUCCAGCGCUGCAGUCCCGAACAGAGGAAAGUCCUCGAUACUGCCUACGGCCGCAAAGACAAGGAGCUCGAGGCUAAGGUCAAGGUUAUUUUUAACGAGCUCAAAUUGGAGAAGGUCUACAAGGAGUAUGAGGAGAAGGCUGUUGAGGAACUCCGGACCAAGAUUGCUGCAGUCGACACGUCGGAGGGAUUGACGAAGGAAGUUUUUGAAUCUUUUCUGGCCAAGAUUUACAAGCGGACCAAAUAGAUUGACUGCCGGACCUUCUUUGUUAUUCCUCGUUUACUUAUCUACCUUCUCAGGAUAUCUACGGCCCACUAAUUAUCAGGUAUACUCUGUAUGUACAUACCGUUCAAUUGUCCAUUUUUACUGAUGUGACCACUAUGGUUUCGAGCUGUGCUGUGGAAUGAAGGACAUGCAAAAACACCCCGAUAGGGAGAGACGGCAAUGGCGCGAUGAUGAACCAAUACGGACUGUUUUCAGCAUAUAUGAUCAUCUUCAUUAUGGAUAGAUAUGCAUCUUCUGUGGAGAUGGAAAUAGAAUUUAAUACAUGCCUGCACAAAAUGCCAG